AUGGCGACAGACAACUUGACUUGCAGCAGUAUUGAGGAGUUCACUCUCAGCGGUUUACCGAAUCUGGAUGACUUCAAUUUCUGGUUUGGUUUUCCUUUCCUCAUAAUGUAUCUGGUGUCUGUCCUGGGAAACUCCACCAUCAUCUAUAUCAUCAUGGUGCACCAAGAACUUCAUGAGCCCAUGUACAUCUUCCUUUCCAUGCUUUCAGUGGUGGACCUCGUAUUAGCCAACACAGCCAUGCCUAAAAUGCUGGGAAUCUUCUGGUUUGAUAGCCCGAAGAUCUCCUUCAGCAUGUGUCUAACCCAGAUGUUCUUCUUCCAUUUCCUCUCUACCCUGGAGUCUGCGACACUGGUUACCAUGGCCGUAGACCGAUAUGUGGCCAUAUGCCACCCUCUUCGAUAUUCUUCCAUCUUAACCUACCGGACCAUCACUAAGAUCUCUCUGGUCCUUAUGCUCAGAGGAGCAGCUGUAAUGGUUCCUCUCCCAUUUAUUAUUCAGAGGUUUCCAUUGUGGAAGAGCAAUCAUCUGACACACUCCUAUUGUGUCCACCAAGAGCUCAUGAAGUUGGCCUGCGCUGACAUAAAGGUCAAUAUCAUCUAUGGCCUCUUCAUUACUCUUUACGUCAUGGGCAUGGACUCUCUGUUUAUCUCCAUCUCGUAUAUGCUGAUCAUAAAGACGGUGGUUUUCCAUGUGACUGACGCCAGUCAGAAGGCCAUCAGUACGUGUACCUCCCACAUAUGUGCCGUCCUUAUCUACUACAUCCCGUAUAUUGGCCUUGCCGUGGUGCACCGAUUUCCCAGUGACACAGUCCCCAAUCUUCAUAUCCUGUGUGGCAAUGCCUACCUCCUGCUUGCCCCCGUCAUUAACCCUUUGAUCUAUGGGAUUAAGACAAAGAAGAUACGCUGCAGACUCAGCAAAUAUCUCAGUAAAAAAAACUGGGUGGAGCUUACAAAAAGAAAAACAAAUUGA